AUGAUGUCUUCUGUCGAAGAAACGCUCUCUGCGGCAGCCAGCAUUGUGCGUGGUUUGGCUAGGAAUGGUGCUCCCUCCUACAACCCACCAGAAUUCAAUAUUCCUCAGAAGAACGGUGCCACAAACAGAAAGAUCUUGCUGCCUGGCAUAAGUAUCGCGUCGAAAGAAUCGCUCGAAAGCGAGCUAUCAGCCCUUGCAACUCGGAUACAAUAUCUAGAAAACAAGGCCAGCACGGUCAACCAUCAAAUCCUUCCCGAUACCCCUAAUGAGUCUGGCGGACCGACAUCGCCAUUUGCGAAUGGCACAACGGGUACAGUCCGGAAUGGUGUCUCUUUCCCAGUCCGCCAGCUUUCAGGCUCCUCCCGACAAGCUCGCGUGACGAAUCUCCUCGCUGGUAAUAAUCUUACUUUCACUGAAGACGAGCUGGGGCAUCUUCGUGAUCAUGUCGAGCAGCAAGCGGAGCACAUCAAGACCCAAAAUCAGACAAUCAUAGAGGUGAAGGAGCAGCUUCUUGAGCAAAAGGAGCACACAGCACGCAGUUUCGACGCUGUCAAGGACGAGAAUCUCGAAGAUGUUCGGCGUGAGCUUUGGAAGCAUCAGCAGGCAAAUGAUGCUUUCAGGAAGGCCCUCAGAGAAAUUGGAACUAUCAUCACGAACGUGGCCAACGGCGACCUGAGUCAAAAAAUUCAGGUGCAUGCAAAGGAGAUGGACUCUGAGAUUGAUAGCUUCAAACGUACAAUCAACACUAUGGUGGAUCAAUUGCAGGUCUUUGGAAACGAGGUCUCUAGGGUCGCCCUUGAAGUUGGUACGGAAGGCAAGCUUGGUGGACAGGCUCAGAUCUCUGGAGUCAGCGGAGUGUGGAAGGACCUCACCCAAAAUGUCAAUCAAAUGGCAUCCAACCUGACUUCGCAGGUUCGAGAGAUCGCCGAAGUAACUACAGCCGUGGCGGAAGGUAACCUCGACAAGAAGAUUCAGCGACCGGCUCAAGGAGAGAUCGCGCAGUUACAGCAAACUAUCAAUGGUAUGGUGGACCAGCUACGAACUUUCGCUGCAGAAGUUACUAGAGUUGCUGGAGAUGUUGGCACCGAAGGCGUCUUAGGUGGACAAGCUCGGAUCGAAGGUGUCAAGGGCGAGUGGAAGACCCUUACUGUCAACGUCAAUGUAAUGGCCGAUAGGUUGACGAGUCAGGUCCGGGACAUUGCUGCCGUGACAAAGGCUGUGGCUCGAGGUGACUUGACCAAGAAGAUAUCAGCCAAUUGCAAGGGAGAGAUCUUGGAGCUCAAAACCACCAUAAACUCUAUGGUUGACCAACUGAGACAGUUUUCUUCCGAAGUCACCAGAAUUGCCAAAGCCGUUGGCACGGAUGGUGUUCUUGGGGGACAAGCUACUGUGGACGAUGUCGAAGGCACUUGGAAAGACUUGACCGAGACUGUCAACCUCAUGGCGAACAAUCUUACGACCCAGGUUCGUGAGAUUGCUUCUGUCACUCAAGCUGUCGCAAAGGGAGACUUGAGCCGGAAGGUGACCGCCGAAGUCAGUGGUGAAAUUUUGGACUUAAAGGUUACCAUCAACACCAUGGUGGACAAACUCAACAACUUUGCUUUUGAGGUCAGCAAAGUUGCUCGCGAAGUGGGAACAGACGGUACGCUUGGCGGGCAGGCCAAUGUACACGAGGUGGAAGGGAAAUGGGCAGAACUUACGACAAACGUCAAUACGAUGGCGAACAAUCUGACGCAGCAAGUACGAGGUAUCUCCGAUGUCACACAAGCGAUUGCUCGCGGAGAUCUGAGUCAAAAGAUCGAGGUGCCCGCCCAGGGCGAGGUGCUCACACUGAAAGUUACCAUCAACGAUAUGGUUACCCAAUUGGAUACCUUCGCCCGCGAGCUGAAGAGAGUAGCCCGCGAUGUCGGUGUUGACGGUAAGAUGGGUGGCCAGGCUAACGUGAAUAACGCCAAAGGCCGAUGGAAAGAAAUCACCGAGGAUGUCAAUACCAUGGCUGAAAAUUUGACAUCCCAAGUGAGGGCUUUUGGGCAAAUUACUGACGCAGCUACCGACGGAGACUUCACCAAGCUAAUAUCCGUCGAAGCUUCCGGGGAGAUGGAUGAUCUGAAGCAGAAGAUCAACAAGAUGAUUUCAAAUCUUAGAGACAGUAUUCAGAGAAAUACAGCGGCAAGGGAGACUGCAGAAUUCGCAAAUAGGACAAAGUCUGAGUUCCUCGCGAACAUGAGCCAUGAGAUCCGGACGCCAAUGAACGGAAUAAUUGGAAUGUCACAAUUAACUUUGGACACCGAUCUUACACAGUACCAGCGGGAAAUGUUGAACAUCGUUCACAACCUCGCCAACAGCUUGCUCACGAUCAUCGAUGAUAUUCUGGACAUCUCCAAAAUAGAGGCUAACCGUAUGGUAAUGGAGAAAAUCAGCUUCUCCAUGCGGGGCAGCGUCUUUAGCGCACUGAAGACGCUGGCGGUGAAGGCGAACGACAGGUUCCUGAACCUUGCCUACCAGGUCGACAGUUCGGUCCCCGAUUACGUCAUUGGCGACCCCUACCGCCUUCGUCAAAUUAUUCUGAAUCUCGUUGGAAAUGCUAUCAAAUUCACCGAGCAUGGAGAAGUGAAGCUCACUAUACGUAAGGCUUCGAAUAUGAUCCCGGCCAAUGAUGAGUACGCUUUUGAGUUCCAAGUAUCGGAUAGUGGAAUUGGCAUUCAGGCCGAUAAGAAGGACUUGAUCUUUGAUACCUUCCAACAAGCUGACGGCUCCACGACUCGAAAGUUUGGGGGUACUGGCUUAGGUCUUUCAAUCUCAAGGAAACUUGUUGAGUUGAUGGGCGGUAUACUAUGGGUCGAUUCGGUCUAUGGCAAAGGCAGCACUUUCUCUUUCACGUGCGUUACAAAGCGGGCUUCACAAGAUCUACGCGGCGUCAUGUCUUCGUUGAAUGCCUACAGAAAUCAUACGGUUUUGUUUGUCGACAAGGGCAAAACGAAUUGCUCUCAAGAAAUUACCAGCAUGCUCAAGCAACUCGAGCUGAAGCCCGUAGUCGUCGAUAACGAAGCGCAGGUCCCUCGUCCAGCUCCUCCGGGCUCACCAACAAAGGAAGAGCACGGCGGUCUUCCCUACGAUGUCAUCCUUGUUGACGGUAUGGACACGGCAGUCCAUCUUCGUAGUCACGAUGCGCUCCGCUACGUGCCCAUCGUCCUUCUCGCCCCCGUCGUCUCAGUAAGUAUGAAAUCCUCCCUCGACCUCGGCGUGGCCUCCUACAUGACCACACCAUGUACCGUCGUCGACCUUGGCAAUGGCAUGCUUCCUGCCUUGGAAGGUCGUCAGACAACGUCCAUCUCGGACGCCAGCAAGUCUUUCGACAUACUCCUUGCAGAAGACAACGAAGUCAAUCAGCGUCUGGCUGUCAAGAUCCUUGAGAAGUAUCACCAUGGCGUCACAGUGGCCAACAACGGUCAAGAAGCCUUGGAUGCAGUCAAAAAGAGGCGCUAUGAUGUUAUUCUCAUGGAUGUGCAGAUGCCUGUAAUGGGCGGAUUCGAAGCCACGAAGGAAAUUCGCGCGUGGGAGCGAGCCGAAGGCCUGUCACGAACACCAAUCAUUGCCCUUACAGCACACGCCAUGAUGGGUGACCGGGAGAAAUGUCUACAAGCGCAGAUGGAUGAAUAUCUCACAAAGCCACUAAAGCAAAAUCAGAUGAUGCAAACAAUACUCAAAUGCGCCACCCUUGGCGGCAAGCUUCUUGAGCGAGGAAAAGACAUAAGGUUAAGUGCGAAGGAUGAAGCACCCGAGCCAAACAAAAAUUCUGGCACUCAUUCUGGAGGUGUGGGCAUUGCGAAAGCGGCAAGAAGACCACCUCUGGAGAAUCGGGCUAUCACGAGUGCAGUACCACUCAAUGCGGCUGGAGGAGGAGAUAGUCCGGCGCUACUCAGUGCAGAAAUGCAAGAUCCAAUGUCCAUGGAAAGGAUCUUGCUACGCUCGCACAGUAGUUGA